UUGUUGACCCUUAACAAAAAUUUCACUCUAAAUAAUUUCCCCCCAUCUCUCUUUUUCCCCUUCCCUCUUUCUUUCCUUUUUCCCACUUCUCUCUUCCUCCAUGUGCGAAUUCUUCCAGCCGAACCUUUAGCCACAUACGACGCCGUCGACGCUGAACCUUCAGCCACCUGCGACGGCCGAAGUCCACCAGCCACGCGUCGCCUACAUCUCGAGAGUUUUGAGCCACCGCCUCCAUUUUCAGUUGCCGCUGUCCAUGGCUGUUCUCGUUGCCCCUCUGUAUUCAAAUCUAUGAGGACAUUUCUCCCUAAAAAGAGUGCUCCCUCUCGUAGUGAGGUUAGUUCCUUUACAACUUAUGGUUUUUGUGGAUGCCAAAAAUCCACCAAAUAAGAAAUCUCUAGUCUACAAAGGGAUAAAUGCCACUUAAUCAUGCAAUUGGACUCGUGCCUGUAGGCCUUUUUUGAAUACAGGAGAUUGUCUCAUGAGAAGGGCUCAAAAUCUCACCAAGGGAAAAUAUGAGAUCAACGCCAUGAAGCCCCCAUUUACACGACAUAGAAGCCAUGGCCUCGCUUGGCCAGUCAGGCACGGACACUAUUGGCCUCGCUCGGCCACGCCCCGCGCGCACCAGGUGGCCUCGCCCGGCCACGCCUGCGCGCAUCUGGCGGCCUCGCCCGGCCACGCCCGUGCGCACCUGACGGCCUCGCCCGGCCACGCCCUCGCACACCUGACAGCCUCGCUCGGCCACGCCCGCGCACCCCUGACGGCCUCGCUCGGCCACGCCCGUGCGCACCUGGCGGCCUCGCUCGGCCACGCCUGUGCGCACCAAGUGGCCUCGCCAUCUAGGCCCCGUGGUGGCCUCGCCCAUGCCCAUGGAAUGGCCUCGCCAUCUAGGCCCUGUGGUGGCCUCGUCCAUGCCCACGGAGUGGCCUCGCCAUCUAGGCCCCGUGGUGGCCUCGUCCAUGCCCACGAAGUGGCCUCGCCAUCUAGGCCCUGUGGUGGCCUCGCCCAUGCCCACGGAGUGGCCUCGCCAUCUAGGCCCCGUGGUGGCCUCGCCCACGCCCACGCCCACGGAGUGGCCUCGCCAUCUAGGCCCCGUGGUGGCCUCGUCCAUGCCCACGGAGUGGCCUCGCCAUCUAGGCCCCGUGGUGGCCUCGCCCACGCCCACGGAGUGGCCUCGCCAUCUAGGCCCUGUGGUGGCCUCGCCAUCUAGGCCUCAUGGUGGCCUCGCCCAUGGCCUCAUGGGGGUCACAUCCGCAUCACACUCGGCCUCUUGAACAGCCAACAGAGCUGCGCCAUCAGUAAGCCUUCCAAGGGGGCCUCGCGAAGGAAUGAGAGCUACAUCACCUAGUGGCCACGUGAGUAGAGCCAUGCACCGAAGGUCCCAUUCCUUACACCUUGAGACCCCUAUGCUUAGAGGCUCCAGUACGAGUCGAAUGGGACAUACUUGUAUGACCUAGUAUUGAGUACGGACACCAGUACCAGUGGGACUGCUGGGAUAAGAGUUAUGGCCCGCACGUCUACGGCCAAAGGUUAGAGUCGACACCACUAUCACCUGCGCCACUAUGCCUGCCACCACUCAUCAGACAUGGGUACAGACAAGUAGUGGAGACAUCCUCCUGACAUCUGCUCUUGUACUGGAUGUACGACCACAACCUCUGAAGCCACUCCCCUGACAUAGUACUUAUGUACUAUUUUGUCCCAAGGGACCACCAUGUAUAAGGGGCCAUUAGAGCCCAGCUAUAAAAGGGGCUUGACCCCUCAGAAUGAGGGGUUGGAAAAUUCAUUGUAUGCAGAGGCUAUUGAGAAAUAUACCAAGGCAUGCUCCAUUGUUUAUCUGUGUUUACUUUUCUUUAAAGUUUAUUCUUAGUUCUUAUAUAAACAUCACCUGACUUACCUUUGAGUUUUCCGAUCUAAUUUCGUUGAUGAGAUUUCACCGUCAACAGUUUGGCGCCGUCUGUGGGAAGGACAAGCAUCAAGCCAGUGUUCUUCCAUCACUUCCAACAAAGAAAGAUGCUAAGACGUUCAAAACGCCUACGGCAAAUACAAGAGGUUGAGGUUCACCGAGACGAAGUAUAGCGGAGGGCCUCCAAGAAAGACCCCCCUCCGCCCGAGCACGGAGGUGGGCCAGAAGAACCUCUUCCCCCAGGGGAGGAGAGGGAAGCAUCGCCCCCAGCUAUCCAGCCCAACGGAGGUCAUUCAGAGCCACUAAUGUAUCCAUUUAACCGGCCCCCGUUGACCCCACGCUCAGGCCACCAGGACCCCGGUCCCUCGACGCACUGGCCAGGCAAGGGUCCCGGGGUACGCUUGGUAAGCUCCAGCUCAAGGACGCGCUUCUACAAGGAUGAGAUUCACGAGUUGCAUAAAAAGACUAGAAAGCUGGAAACCAUGAUAGAGAACAUGCAGGAGGUUUUAAACGACCUACUGCGAGGGAAGUCAAGCAUACCCCUCCCAAAGCGUAAAGGGAAGGAGUAUGAAAAAGGGGAAAACACUGUCCCCAUAAACGAUGGGGGAACCCAACUUUCCACCAGUAAAACCCCCCAUGCAAAGUACCAUGGGGGACCUAGGCCGACGAAAUGUCCCCAGGAGCAUAGGCAGAGAGAAGAUGAUGGUCGUAAGAACGAGGCCGAAGUCCCCUCAAAAGAAGCACCCCCUGGCCUAAGAAAAGAGCUCCAUGGGAAGAGGUCAGAAGUAAGACAUGCACCCCCUGCGGUUCCCCCAAGGAACACGACCAAGGCAAGGGAUCAACCCAAGAACCCACAAGACUCCUUAUGCAAAAAGAGGAGGGGACUAGACACCAAAAUGCGAAGCCCUCGGGGCAAGAUCACCAUUGUGCUUGGGGGGCACAUGGAUGACGAAGAAUUCGACCAUGACUCACCCUUCACAAGGGAGAUUCAGGCUGAGCAAGUGCCCACUGGCUUCAGAGAGCCUCGCAUGACUCCGUACGAGGGUACGACAGACCCAAAAUAUCACAUAGACUCCUUCAAUAACUUGAUGAGGUUAAGAGGGGUCAACAACAUGGCAAAGUGUCAUUGCUUUGUUGUUACGCUUAAAGGAGUGGCGUACAAGUGGUUCAAGAGGUUAGGGCCAGGAUUAAUCGAGUCAUGGCAACAAUUCUCUGAUGAAUUUCUUCAGUAGCACCAUGCAGCCUGUGAUUACGUCAUGCCAACUACCAACCUCGAUAACAUAAAACAAGGCGAGAAUAAAAGUCUGAAGGACUACGUCCAUAGGUUCAAUAUGGAGGCAACAAAGGUGUGAGAUUUAACCAAAGCGGAGCUCAAGAUGGUUAUUACAGCCGGAGUUCGUCCAGGAAGCAAGUUAUGGGGGAGCAUGCUCAAAAGAGAAGUUUCGAAUUUGGAUGACUUUGAGAGAGAGAGCACAAAAGUACAUACGUGUGGAAGAGGGCCAUAAGAACUUCCAUGUCGAAGAAAGCGAACCUUCCUCCAGUGGCCAUACUACCAAUACGUCUGGAGAUUUCAUAUAGAAGGGGGCCUCGUGCUAGAGGGGUCGCGGACCAUGUUUGAGAUCGAACGAAGACCCUCUAGCCAUGAAAGUCCCCACCCGAGGGGAAAUCACCUCAAAAGUAGACGCCUCCAAAAAGGGUCUCCAAAGUAGACGCCUCCAAAAAGGGUCUCCAAAGUAGACGCCUCCAAAAAGGGUCUCCAAAGUAGACGCCUCCAAAAAGGGUCUCCAAAGUAGACGCCACCAAAAGGGGUCUCCAAAGUAGACACCUCCAAAAAAGGGUCUCCAAAGUAGACGCCUCCAAAAAGGGUCUCCAAAGUAGACGCCACCAAAAAGGGUCUCCAAAGUAGACACCUCCAAAAAAGGGUCUCCAAAGUAGACGCCUCCAAAAAGGGUCUCCAAAGUAGACGCCACCAAAAAGGGUCUCCAAAGUAGACGCUUGCAAAAAGGGUCUCAAAAGUAGACGCUAUCCAAAAGGGUCUCAAAGUAGAUGCUUCCGAAAAGGGUCUCAAAGAAGACGCUUGCAAAAAGGGGCUCAAAGAAGACGCUUGCAAAAAUAGUACUAUGCCUAAUGACGAGAAGGACACUUCUCGCAAGAUAUAAUAAGCGUGCGCGAAGAUAUAUAAAAGGAUAACUAGAACCCAAGGGGUCAAUAUAUCUUUAUAGGUGCAACUAAGGCGCACCAUAGAGAGACCUACCGAACCCCCUUUCGCGUGGGUUCCAAAGGACCUCGAACAUGAUAAAUAUAAAAAAAAAAAAAAAGAAGAAGAAGAAGAAUAAGAGAAUAAUAAAAGGGAACGGAAGAGUCUACAAGAACACCUAAUCACUGCCCUGCCGCCGUCGCCUCCUAGUUUCAAACCCCAUCAGUCGAGACUCUAUUCUCUCCUAUUCUUUGUGUGCUGAAAAAUUUCUAUGGAACCCUAAGUAAAAAUCCCCAAUUUCGAAAAUGUUAUAGUGUAUUUAUCAAAUUUUAGUUAAAAGUCUUUAGGGCUCACUUUGAGAGUCCUUAACAUUCUUUUAGGACACCCAAAGUGAGUCCUUAAAUAUCACCCCUCUUAAAUUUUUUAUUCAGGUUUUUUAGGACUCACAUAUAUUUUUAGAACUUUCAAUGAGAGUCUUAAAACCUCAAGAGAUAUUUUUUAGGACUUACAUUUAGGUGCGUGUCCUAAAAAGGUGUCACGUAAAGUGUAUUUUGUAGUAGUGUCUUCACAAAUAGAGGCAUCACCAUUUACAUCCACCAUAGUCAGCCCUACAAUGGUACCAGCUAAGGUUUUCCAGUCCAAGGUCAACACUUCAAUCAAGCCAUUAUGACCCAGAACAACAACUUCCAGCAAAUGCAACAAUUUAUGCAAGCUACAAAUCCGAACAUCGAAGCACCACAAUUUCAGUCUGUGAACUUGGUCAUGAAUAUGACAUAGUCCAUGAUGGCGAAUUUUCUAGGCUCGAGUCAAUUUCCACCACUGCAGCCCGAUGAUGAUGACAACUUUGGAAUUAAUUUAGAUGACAUUUAGUUUGGUUAUAUUAUUCUUUUAAAUUUAUUAAUAUUUUGUGUUAUUUUUUUUUUUUACAUUUUGGAGAGUAUACUACUUAUGUUUGUAACAAAUUUUUUUUUAU